AUGGCAGACACAAGUGUCCUGAAGGAGCACACAGCCCUGGCAGAGGUGGCUUACGACGAUGAGGAGGUAGCUCUGGUGAGUGCCGCCACAGAGCCGGCAGUAGAUGAUGAUGAUGAUGAUGAUGAGGACCCUUCAGAGGACGUGGACCUGGUGCUGGCCUCCGGAAGCCCGAGCGAAGCCCAGAUGAACGGGGUCAUGGUCCUGUCCCUGCUGGACAAGAUCAUCGGCGUGGUCGACCAGAUCCAGCAGACCCAGAAUGGCCUGGAGGCCCGGCAGGAGUCCAUGGAGAAGUCUGUGUCCACCAUCCAGGGGGAGCUGACCAAGUUGUCCAAGAACCACGUGGGGACCGCCAACUCGGUCAACAAAAUGCUGGAGAAGGUACGCAAGGUCAGCGUCAACGUGAAGACGGUGCGCUCCAACCUGGAGAAGCAGGCGGGCCAGAUCAAGAAGCUGGAGAGCAACGAGAACGAGCUGCUGAAGAGACGCAACUUCAAAGUCCUCAUCUACCAGGACAAUGUGAAGGCACCAAAGGCAACCAAGGACAAGACAGCAGACACAGCAGAGGCCAACGCAGUGGAGGGCCUUGCGCAGAUACCCGAGGAGGGACAGGAGGGAGUCCAGGCCAAUCUCAAUUCAGACGAGGAGGUGGAGAUUGAGGAGAUUAUUGAAGAGUCUCGUACCAAGCGCAUCCAACGCACCACCAAGCAGCAAGUGGACAACAUAAAGAAAGCCUUCUCCAAAGAGAAAAUGGAGAAGACCAAACUAAAGACCAAGGAGAACUACGAGAAGACCCGGCAGAAAACCCGAGACAACCUGGAGAAGACAAGACAGAGAACCCGUGACAACCUGGAGAAAACUAAGCACAGCCUGGAGAAGAAGAUCGGCAAACUAGGGACCCGCAUGACGCCCAACAUGGAGCGCCGGGCGAAGAUGAAGACCUCCAAAGAUAAGGUCAGCAAGUCCCUGACCCCUGACCACACAGUCUAUGCUCGCUCCAAGACCACCGUGUACCGUGUGCCCCCAUUCACCUUCCACGUUAAGAAGAUCCGAGAUGGGGAGGAGGAGGUGGUGAUGCAGAACACGGAGAUGGAGGAGGUGGCUGAGUCUGAGGGCCACCUGGGGGAAGAGGAGAACGGGCUCGGCGUGCACGUGGAGGUGGAGGAAGGGGAGCUGGUACGUGUGGACAGCCCAGAGAUGGAUGCUCUGUUGGAGGUGACAGAGGAUCUGGUCCUCGUGGAGACAGACCACCGCAAGAAGGCACAAAACGAGUAG